AUGACCGUCGACGGGCUACACAGCUCGUUGCUCGUUCAUGAGCAAAAGAUACGCCGUAGAGGAAAUGAAGAGCAAGUACUCAAGGUAGAGUACGAUCACCAAUCUGGACGAGGAAGAGGAAGGGGUUACUCUGGCAGAGGAGGUAGCAGCACUACCAGAGGAAGAGGAGGAACCAGACCACCUCUUAACAGAGCCACCGUCGAGUGUUUUAGGUGUCACAAGCUGGGGCAUUUUCAGUAUGAGUGCCCUACUACUGAAAAAGGAGCAAAUUACGUGGAGGUUGACGAGGGAGAGCCGUUGCUUCUGAUGGCACAUACAGAGAUCACAGAGAAGGAAGUUAGAGGGCUGUGGUUUCACGACUCAGGCUGCUCGAACUACAUGACGGGAAACAAAGAAUGGUUCAUGGAGCUUGAUGACAAUUUCAGACAUGGUGUGAGGCUGGGAAACAGUUCGAGAAUGGAGGUUAUCGGAAAAGGAGAUGUCAAAUUUGAGGUCGAAGGACUGACUCAAAUUGGUGUAGAAGUUCUGAUUAGCGAGGGAAGAUGCAAGUUAUUUCGCCCUCGAAGAGGCCUGAUUGUGAACACUAAAAUGACUGCAAAUCGCAUGUUCAUAGUGUCUGAAAUCAUGAAGAUCGAUAUGGAUAAAUGUCUGAAGGUUGAAGAAGAUGAGAAAGCAUGUCUUUGGCACAAACGCUACGGUCAUCUCAACAACACAUCCAUCCGAGCUAUGCUUGACAAGCAGUUGGUGAAAGGGCUCCCUCAAAUGAAAGAAGCAUCAAAGGUGUGUGAAGUUUGCAACAUUGUGAAGCAACAUCGUGAAGCUAUUCCCAAGAAGAGUCAAUGGAGAGAAACAGAGAAGCUGAAGCUCAUUCACGCUGGUUUGUGCGGUCCCAUAUCUCCAAUCUCUCACAGUGGGAAAAAGUACAUCUUUCUCCUGGUUGAUGAUUUUAGUCGUAAGAGUUGGAUAUAUCUUCUUUCGGAGAAGAAUGAGGCAUUUGAUGUUUUUAAGACUUUCAAAAGUCUUGUGGAGAAGGAAGCAGGAACAUCGUUAUGUUCUUUGAGAACAGAUAGAGGAGGAGAGUUCACCUCAAAUGCUUUCAAUCAAUUCUGCAAGGAGCAUGGGAUUUAA